AUGUCGAAUAGGGAUCACAAUACGAUCACUCCAGCUGUCCAGGUCGCGGACAUUAACGAUGGGAUUAUUGCGGAGGUCCAGAAGUCGGAAGCUCAGCUCGCAACUGAGAGCGUGAAAGGUGAUGAGCCGCCGGAUGGAGGAGUUACCGCUUGGUUGCAAGUCCUCGGCUCGUUCUGUCUGUUUUGGAAUCACUGGGGUCUAGUCAACGCAUUCGGUGUCUUUCAAACAUAUUACCAAAAUGAGCUGCUCACGGAAAUGUCCCCAUCUGCAAUCUCAUGGAUAGGCUCGAUCCAAUCGUUCUUGCUCCUGUCUGUUGGCGUCUUGUCGGGGCCACUGUACGACAAGGGGUACUUGCGGUCAUUGCUGUUGGCUGGAAGUGUUCUGAUUGUGAUAGGAUUGAUGAUGACAAGUCUGUGUACGCAGUUCUGGCAGCUGGUGUUGGCACAAGCCAUUUGCAUCGGUACGGGAACGGGCAUACUCUAUAUACCUUCCCUAGCCGUGAUCCCACAAUAUUUCCACCGCCGGAAGGCACUCGCAUUGGGUCUCGUCGUGUCUGGAUCGAGUUGUGGUGGUGUUGUAUAUUCCAUUAUUUUCACGGAGCUUCAACCCAGGAUUGGGUUCGGCUGGACAUUGCGUGUCAUGGGCUUGGUGGCCCUUGCUAUGCUAUCCAUUGGAUUGGCCGUUGUCCGGCGCCGCGAGGAACCGUCGACAAAGGUUCGAACUCUCCUCGACCUGCCUGCUUUCAAAGAACGGCCAUACGUCCUCUAUUGCGCUACCCUCUGUACCAGCAACAUUGCGUUCUUCACACCAAUUUUCUACAUGCAACCCUUCGCGCUAGUACAUGGGUUACAAGGCCAAGAUGUUGCGCUGUACCUCGUCGCGAUCAUGAACGCCUGCUCAGUUGUGGGACGCUUGGCACCUUCGCUCGUCGCCAAUAAGAUUGGACCUGUUCAGACUCUUCUCUUCUCUGUGUCGUGCACUGCAAUCACCGUGUUUGCUUGGAUAGCCACAACCACGGGAUGGGGCAACAUUGCCUUUGCUGCCUUCUUUGGGUUCUUCUCUGGUGCGAUAGUUGCACUUCCUGCAGUUGUGCUUACUAGUUUCACUCCUGACCUUAGUCGCCUGGGCACAAGGUUAGGUAUGUCUUCUGUAUUGAAUGCCGUCGGGUCCUUGAUUGGUACUCCGAUUGGAGGCGCGAUUCUCAGUGCAACAGGCAGUUACCUUGGUGUUCAGCUGUGGGCUGGCUCAGUUGUGACAGUCACAGCUUUUUGUCUUCUUGCUCUUAGAUUUUCUCUCACGGGAAUGAAGCUGAAAGCAAAGGCAUGA